AUGGAGAAUAAAUCAAUCUAUGAUUUCUCUGUGGAGACCCUGGAUGGACAGCAGGUUCCGCUCAGUAACUACAGGGGUAAAGUGCUUCUCGUCAUCAAUGUUGCUACUUUCUGAGGGUCAACAAUAGAGGAGUACCACCGACUGAAUGCACUGAUGGGAAUGUAUGGCGACCUUAACUUUACUGUACUGGCAUUCCCCAGCAACCAGUUUGGCCUUCAGUCACCUGAGGUCAAUCAUGAAACCCUCAACGUUCUUAAGUACGUGAGACCUGGUGGGGGGUUUGUGCCAAGGUUCCCUGUCUUUGGAAAGGUUGAGGUGAAUGGGAUAAAUGAAGAGCCUCUUUUCACCUAUCUAAAGGAAUCGUUGCCAUAUGUAAACCCUGUUAUUGGAGAUUUGAAAAAGUUAUACUGGUCCCCAAUAAAAGUCAAUGAUAUACGGUGGAAUUUUGAAAAAUUCCUAAUUACCGCAGAUGGAUUGCCCUUCAAAAGGUAUGAACUUCAUUGCCCCAUUGAGAAUGUGGAGAAGGACAUAGCAGAACUUCUCUGA